AUGGGGGUUCUGUGGGUGCUGUGGGUGCUAGGCUUCCUGGGGGUGGCUCUGGGGGGCUCUUCUGCUCUCUGCUGGGACAGCACCUCCUGCCAUUUGGCUGGGCCUGUGCCCGGUGGCCCCCUGGAGUUUCUGAGCUUCCUGGGCAAGGAUGCCCGGGGACUGGCCCUGUUCCAUAUCCGCUGGGAUGGGCGUGGAAGGCUGCAGAUGUGUAGCCGUCAGGACGAGCCCAAGCUCACCGCAACCUUCCGCACCCUCUGUGUUCAUGAGACCACCCGGGGCGCCUUCACCCACACCCCUGGGCCUGAGCUGCAGAGAGCCCUGAACACCAUUCAGAGUCAAUGGGAGGCCUGCCAAGGGUCUGCGGAACAGCCGGCAGCAGAGGCCAGGAAGAAGCGAGCAGCCGGGCAGAGUGGAGCAUCUGGUGGGGGAUACCACCGGGCCAGGAGAGGCUGGACCAUGCCUGGCACGCUGUGGUGUGGCGUUGGGGACUCUGCCAGCAACUCCUCAGAGCUGGGGGUCUUCCAGGGCCCCGAUCUCUGCUGCCGAGAACACGACCGCUGCCCACAAAACAUCUCACCCUUCCAGUAUAAGUAUGGCAUCAGAAACUACCGCUUCCAUACCAUCUCCCACUGCGACUGUGAUGUCAGGUUCCAGCAAUGCUUGUGGAACCAGCGUGACUCCAUCUCAGACAUCGUGGGUGUGGCUUUCUUCAACGUGCUAGAGAUCCCCUGCUUUGUGCUGCAGCAUCAGGAGGCGUGUGUGGCGUGGUACUGGUGGGGUGGGUGUAGGAUGUAUGGUUCAGUGCCCCUUGCCCGUCUCCAGCCCAGGAUCCUCUACAACGCCUCCUGGAGCCCCCUUCUGGGAACCACCCCCCUAACUCCCAGUCCAGUCCCCACCAAGCCCCAACGCAAGCAGCACUCUAGGAAGUGGCCACCACAGCUGGAAGGGCCCAACCACCUCAGUAAAGUCAGAGUUACGGCUCUCUGGGUCCCCCGUUCACGCCUCCAGGGGACAUGGGAUGGCCUAAAACCAGAAGGCGCUCGCCAUGCCUGCCGCAGCUUCCGCCGCCUAGACCAGUGUGAGCACCAGAUUAGGCACCAGGAGACCAAGUUCCAGCUUCUCAACAGCGCCCACAUGCCCCUCUUCCACUGCAACUGCACACGCCGCCCGGUACACUUCCUGAGACUCCACAGCCCACCUGCAGGCACCAAGGUGCUUUGGGAGCUUCUGGGCCAGACCUGCUUCAAGCUGGCCCCUCCGCGGGCCUGUGCUGAGGGCAAAAGCUGUCCUGGAGGCCCUAGGGCCAUCAAGGUGUCAGCUCGACACUUGCAGUGGCUUCAGCAGAGGCGACUCCAGCUCUGGGGUGCAGGUACAGACGAGAGGCAGGCAUGGCCUUCAGAACCCACAGGGGCCCCCGUGACAUUCUACAACCAGUGCCUGUGGCUGACCCAGGCAGCCCGGAGCCCCAGUGGGCAGCAGAAACCCUGAAGCCAGUGACUUCAGUUC